UCGCUACAAUUURAAAAAUUGCUGUUAAAAUAUUAUUAUAAUUAUUAAUAAUGACCGCUAAAAYCCAUAUGCCGAAGAGGAAACGACAUUUGCUGCUAUAUUUCAUCACGGGUCUGGUUUAUGGUGCCCUGCUUGCCGUAAUUUUUUCGUUUUGGCCUACAUAUUACCGCGAACUCAUCCAAGCAGCAACUCAUAGGCAGCGUGACAUGAUUGCGGUGAAAAACGAAAAUAAUAGCAGACCGACACACUUGAGUCAAACGGUACGUGUGCUCUGCUGGAUCGCGACAAAUCAGMAGCAUGAUAAAUCUAAAGAACAGCAUGUAAAACGUACAUGGGGAACACGCUGCAAUAAGCUAAUCUUUGUGAGCUUGCAGCAUGAUCAAGAAUUGGGUACUAAGCAGAAAGACUCGGAAAAUGCAUGGUCAAAAACACAAGCGGCGCUCAAGUAUAUAUACGCAAACCAUUUCGACGAUGCGGAUUGGUUCUUUAGGGCGGAUGAUAAGACUUAUGCAAUUAUGGAAAACAUGCGAUACUUUCUCUAUACUUAUUCGCCGGAGACGCCUAUAUAUUUCGGUCACAAAGUUAAGGAUCAAAUUUCCGCCAAUGCUGGCUAUGUGCUUAGUAAAGCGGCGCUCCGGCGUUUCGUCGAAAAAGCUCUACCAAACGACAAGCUUUGCAUUCAGAACGGCACCCGCACCGAAACCGUAGAGUUGGGUGAAUGUCUGGGAAACGUUGGUGUAAUCGCCGUCGACUCACGUGAUCAGCAUGGUUGCGGCCGUUUUGUACCCUACCUAACGUCUUGGCCUAGGGAUUACAGCAUUUUCAAAAGCGCAGAGGACUUAACGUGCUGCUCGGAUACACUCAUUGCCUACAAUUUCAUCAAGCCGUAUAGAAUGUAUUUGCUGGAUCACUUCAUAUAUCACACGAGAGGCAACGGUAGCGCAAUUAUACCAAUAACACUGGCACUACGUUGA